CUGCGAUCUUUAGCAGUGAUUGAUACUUACGGCAUUUUGAGAAGGAGCAAUCUAAAAAGAGAUGGAAUUUCAAUCAGAUGGAAGCAAAUUUUUCGAUAUCUGUAAACCCAAAGACUUUCCAGUUCGCUCGAACAGAUGGCAUCACCGCAGAGGCUGCCAACGUCUAUCGACGGGAUUUAUGGAGAAUAACCUCUAAAAAACAGAUUGCUCAACCUCGAGGCUUCUACCGCCCAAUAUGCAACGCUCAGGAGAUCCGAGUUCUCGAAAUCUAUCCCGGUCACUUUUGGGACGAUCUUAGAGGAUCACUACAUCACUGCUCUGUGGAAUUUGACUACACAUGGGGCGUGGCGAACCCUGGCACAGACACCCUAAUCGAUUGUGAUGGCUUCAAGCUUCCCAUAACGCGCUCGCUGGAGAUGGCUUUGCGUCACUUUCGACACAAGGAGCACUCCAUCAACUUGUGGGUAGACCAAAUCUGCAUAAACCAGAACGACGCUCGAGAAAAAGAAGAGCAAAUUUCGCUCAUGUCCAAGAUUUACUCGCACGCUAUCAACACCGCCAUCUGGCUUGGUGAAGGCACUGACAGGUCGGAAGAGGUGUUCAAGCUCUUGGAGCUGAUCGACACAAUGUUUCAGUUCGAAGACAGAUCUCCCAAUCCCGAGGAGUUUGAGCGACUGUUUUUACCCCACCCCGAUGAUCCUAUCUGGAAGCACCUCUGGGAAAUGCUGAACCGAAAGUGGUUUUCGCGACUGUGGAUCAUCCAAGAAACUAUCCUGUCCAAUUUCCUAUGGGUUAUAUGCGGCAACACGAUCGCCUACUGGAAGGACUUCGCCGGCACGUGCGACAAAUUAGUACUAACCGGGUUUUCCACUUGGCUCCAGAAUAAGCAUGGAAAUACUGUAUAUGAUUCAGAGACCGGCGGAUGUCGUUCAAUACAAGUGCUGAGUUCUGAGCGGUAUUGCUUCCACGGUCAGACGGACAAGCUAUCUUUGUUCAGUACUCUCGCCAACACCCGCAAUGCGCAGUGUUUUGAUCCUCGGGAUAAAGUAUACGGUCUCUUCGGCAUCUGUGAUUCAAAUGGGAUUAAGGUCAGCUACGAUGAAGAUUCGAGUGUAGCGGAUCUGUACUACGAGGUUGCAUUAGAUUGCUUGAGGACCGAUACCGCCCGUCUGCCGCGAUUAUUGAGCUGCGUGGACCAUAUAUCCAAGCUUCAAGAUCUACCCUCGUGGGUUCCCGACUGGAGCUUAAGCAGGCAAACUAGCUCCUUGGGAUUCUCAACCAGCUCUGAUGGGGUAUAUGCGGCUUCGGGUAGAUGGUGGUGCCCUUCUUUUUCUAUUCACCCAAAUAGAAAGGAACUCCUUGUACAAGGGAAAAUAUUCGACGUCGUAAAGGAGACGGCGGAGGUGUGCACCGUUCCCAACAUCGCGCACGAGGACCCACGAAGCACCAACCAGCAUAUUCUCCCAUGGAUAGAACUAGCAAAGCAAUGCUUUCCCUAUCCGGGUGGGUGCAUGCUUUUCGAGGCAUUCUGGCACACUCUCGUUGCGGGGAAGGACGGCGAAGGGAGGCAGAAGAGUCCGGCAACAUUUGCUGAAGUCUUCAGCCUGCUGUUGGACGAGACAACAGGACAGUGCCCUACUUUCCCUGACCAGACAUACUCCGCGCGGCAGCGGAGGCCCGAAGGGAAAGGGAAAUUAGAGUUGGCGAAUUUAUAUUCGAGGACUCCGGCGUUAGUAUACCAGGAGAUUCGAAGUGCCUUGCGUAGUGCUAUACGGAACCAGCGAUUGGGCACGACAGCGAAGGGGUACCUCGGGCUUCUACCACGGCAGGCAAAGCCAGGCGAUAUUGUUUGCGUUUUGUUUGGAUGCAAUGUUCCAUUCAUCAUCCGAAAGGCUGACGGAGAUAAGUAUAGGCUCGUAGGCGAGUGUUACGUUCAUGGCAUCAUGCGUGGGGAGGUUAUAAAUAUGGAUGACGUACCGUAUAUAGUUAUCACCUUAGUAUAG